AAAACCUUCGCUCUAUUGCUGGUAGUGGGAUCGGCCUUGGCCCAAUACGAAGACUUCGGAGGCUUCGAAGGCUACCAUCACAAGCCUAUUUCUCAUCAACAGCACCAAGCAUCCGAUGAACACCACGGCCAAGAAUAUGAACUGGAUUACCAUGCACAUCCGAAAUAUUCUUUCGAUUAUUCCGUAAAAGAUCCUCACACUGGCGACGAGAAAGAGCACUGGGAGACUAGAGACGGUGACAAGGUUAAAGGAACCUACACCCUGGUCGAGACAGAUGGCACAAAACGCGUUGUCGAAUAUGAAGCCGACGAUAAGAACGGCUUCAAUGCCGUCGUGCACAAGAUAGGCACGCCUAAGCACGAGGAGUACCACGCCAAGCCAGCCCACGAGCCGGUCCAAUACCAGCACGACUACGGACAUUUCGACGAGGGUUACGCUCCGAUAUCGGCCAGUUUCGAACACUAA